CUCAAUAUUCGCACGACACAAAAGAAACCACGAUUAGGGAUUCUGCCGCCUCUGUCUAGAUUUUUCUUAUGGCGAUUCCUCUUCUGUUUUCCAUCUCUUAAGAUCUUUAACACAAGUGCAGAGCUUCCGCCUACGACCGACGAGUCACCAGAAACUCCGAAGCUUUCCUAGGGGUCCGCCGCACAACCCAAUUGAAUCGGAAGAGAAACAUGACGCCAUCUAUUCCUCAUUAAGCUCUGACGCCGAAGGAAAGCGUCGAAGGAAAGGGUAUGUGGGAACCGUCCCGACUGCCCGACGAGACUCGCCGUUGGUCGAAGCUCCACCUGAAAAGCAAUCUCGAAAGUUUUUAGUAGAGAAGACAGGUUGAAGCAACUGGUGUUGGGAAGUUUAGAAACAAGAGAUUAGUAAGUUUUAUUGGUUGUUGCGUUGAAGGAGACAAGAGGUUAUUGGUAAGAGUACAAGCCUAAUGAUACUCUCUCGAAGUAUCUUUUUCACUGGGGAAAAGCAGCCACUAAUGCGUGUUCGAAUGGCAGACUAUAUUGCACAAUCACUUGAUCACUGCUACAACGAAAACCGAAAGAUCUUCUUACACCUGAAUGCACACAGAGUCCUCUUUAACGAGGAGGGUGAUCCUAAUAUUGUUUCGUUCAGAAUAUUUAGCAUGUUGAUUUCAUAAUAUUUAGGCCCGAUUAUUAAUACAUCUUUGUUCACUAUCUUUGGAUACCAAGUGCAAUUGUUUUUUUUUUUUGAAACUAAGAUAUAUAAUUUUUGUAAAAAAGACACAACAGGAAAUUUAAAAAACACGAGAAAAAAAAAAACGAAACUUCUUCUCUCUUCUCUAGAAAAGCUCCCCGGUGUUCUGCAAUUAUCGACGCCGUUACGGCGCGUCGCCAAGCACGAGCUCCAGAUCCGGUCUCGCCUCCUCUCUAGGAUUUCAUCUCACCAAGCUUUGCCCUCCUCUGCUCUCGUACUCUCGUCGCCAUGGAUCGGAAACCGCCUUUAGAGAACGUAAUCGACGACGCUGUUGAUCUUUCAAGCAAUAACUCCUCUUCCUCGAUCUCUACUCAUCUCACAGCCACUCCAGAUCCGCGUUGGCCAUCUAAAUUUCGCUGGUCAAUGGAAUCUCCACCCCCGGCAAUAUCAACAUCUACAGUCUCGAUUGAGAAAACAAUAGCCGGCUCCGAGCUGUCGUCUACUCCUUCGCCAGCGAGCUAUGAUGAUAAAGAUAUGCAUCAAAAAGAUGUCAUCAAUCUGGAGGUGAUUCCCAAGGAUUCAAGUGAAGCCCAAACUGAAAAAAAAAUGGGAGCUAGCAACUCUGGUGUUGAACCCGUACUAGAAGCGGCCAGAGAUAACAUUACCUCUUCUGAGAUCAUCUCUUCAGAAAAUAAAAUGGGAACAAUCAACACUGGUGUUGAACAAGUAUUAGAGGGGGUCGGAGAUAUUGUCGUAUCUUCAGAGAUUACUAGCCAACAGGAAAGUGAAGAUGUUAGGAACACUUGUGUUCUAGACUCGAGGUCACCUCAGUCUACUGGUAUCCCUCCGAUAAUUACUGGUUCCCCAAAGAAAUCAGUUGAUUCUGCAGUAGCUACUUUCGUUCCUUCGAUUGGAGCUUGGGCCAGACCACUUGCUUUUACACCACCUGCUACUCCUCCAAUGCCUGCAACACCAAGUGAUUUCAAUCCGCAGCAUUUAAACAAUCUCCUCGACUCUUUUUGGCCAACACUAACUGAUGGAACUGGGCCAAACCAGAAGAAAAGAAACCAUCCAAGCGUCGUAAGAGAGUUUCCGCGUAUGCCAGUUCAGAAGAUUCCGGUCCCUGAGCUUAAAGAGGAUGGAACAUUAAGAUUUCCAUGGGCAGCCAGAAUGGACCCUGCUACCAGAAACCUCUAUCGAGCGGCGAAGCCAACUUUCGACUUGAUGGAACGCCUCAGGUAACUAUUCCUUCUCAGGUGCUUCAACUAGGACCAGAGAAUAAAAAGGAAUAUAUCAUUGGCCACUUUCAUCGUUGUUCUCUUCCUCCUGGGGGUUUAAUCCAUGCUGUGGUAAACAGGCUGUGGGGUAGAACCUGUAAAAUAGGUUGCCGAAAACUGAAUGACUCUUCUUGCAUGUUUCAUAUACCUCAUGAUUCAACUCGACAGUGGGUAAUUCAAAGAGGAGUAUGGCAUGUUGAUGAUUGUCUAUAUUUGUGUCACCUUGGAAAUCAGUUAACUCGUUCAAUGUCCCUGAGGUAUCAACAAUACCAGUGUGGAUUACUCUGAAAAAUGUUCCGGAUAGUUGUUACUCAAGAUUAGGUCUCAGCCAUGUAGCGUCUGGACUUGGUGAGCCUAUGCAAACACAUAGACCUCGGCUUGAUCCGACUUGUUUGGGAGAAGCAAAGGUGCUGGUUGAGGUAAAACUUGACAAGCCUUUUCCGAAGCAAAUUGCCUUAGAUGACAAACAAGGUAAUAUUUUUUUGGUGGAUGUUGAGUAUACAUGGAUUCCAAGUGUUUGUGGCAGAUGUGGACAUUUGGGACACAAGGAGAAAAGAUGUCUACUUCCAGCUGUGCAACUGAAUGCGGAAACAAGUCCUUCACAUGAGGACUUAGUGGAAGAACCUCAGGCUGAAAUGGAAAAGGUACUAGCUCAGCCUACAGUUGCAUCAAAUCAAUUGGUGUUACCAGCUGAUAAUGAGGAGUCGAGUUUGGUAUCAGCUGAAAACGCAAGGAAACAACUUACGGAACAGACUUUGGAAUCUACUGAAGAAAGUGGUAUUAGGCAUUUGCAGUCACAACUUAGUGUUGAGCCGAAGGAUCCCUCAACUCCAGUAAACAACUUCACUUACUCUAAGGUACAUGUAGCCAAUGGCUCCAACUCUCUUCUCACUCCAUCACCAUUAGCAAACAUACAAUCUGCUCCAACUAAUGAUACUAUUAUGGAAGAAAUUCCAUCCCCUGUUAUUGUUCUUGAGGCUAACUUGGCUUCAAUGGACAAUUCAUUGGUCCCUCCUUUCUCUCCUACACAUGGUAGUCCUUCUAUCACUCAAAUUGCUUGUAGUGAGUAAGAUGAUGAGAGAGGGUAUAUGAGUGAUGCUAUGGCAAACCUCAACAUGUCUAGAGGUGGAAGACCAAUAAAACCACUCCAAAAGUUUCAAGAUAUGGAAUGGAAAACAGUAAGAGGAAGAGGUAAAAAAGGUCGCCGAGGCCGCGGAAACUACCUUCCAUCUUCGUAGUACUUUCAUAUUUUCUUGUUUCAUUAAGCUUAUGAAUCAUAAGUCUUCUCCUUUGUAAGCUGCUGCUUGGUUUAUUAUGGGGCAUGUCUCUCAUCAUACUUUCUCAAACUUAUGGUUGUUUCAACCAUACAUUGUAUGUUUUUCGUAUUUUAAUUUGAAAGCCUUUUACAA